AUGGAAAUUAGAGAACAGGAUUUUUCCUUCAAUGACGACACUCGAGAGCAACCACUUAUUGAGGUUGUAACAAACGACGUCAGGACAGCAGACAUUUUCAACAUUAUGGAAGCAGUCAGAGGGGAAGAAGAAGAAGUGCUUGGAGACGAAACCGCGUCGUGGUGGACGGACGCAGUGACAGAAGAAUUCACAAGGCAGGAUGUUGUGCUGUUGGCAUUGAUUGGAGUUUGUGCAUGUCGACUGCUGUGUUUUGUGGGUCACAUAACGUGGAAAUUAAUGCGACUGAUGAUCAUGCAGUGGUAUGAUGUCUUUGGAAAAGAAGGUCAUGAAGAAGACGAGGGAGAGAACAUUGUUGUCAACAGUGAAAGCUUGCGGAAACAAUUGGCUAUCAUUCGCUUUUGCCGUCUGCAAUUUUUGCUGGUAAUUGAGAAGCUGCAGCAUGAAAUGCGGGACAGCAAAAAUCAAGACACACAGAAAAUGUUGGCGUCACUGGUUGUGCUGCAGUGCAAGGACGAAAAGAAGGUAACGCUUGCAGAAAUUCUGGCAACGUUGCAAGCGAUUCAAGCGCAGGACGCUUGUUUUCUCAAAUCGCGUGAGGCAGAAGAGCAUUUUGCAGAAAUCAAACAAGAUGUAGAAGAUGAAGAAGCUUUGGAUGCAGGACUUGCACAAGCAUGGGAACAGUUGCAGCAAACGUAUGUUUCAUUCCUUCGAAUUCAAGCGACACUACUUCAUCAGCAAACGCACAGAAAGACGCAGCGAUGGCAAGUGCAACAACAGAAAGAAACUGGACGUUGUCGACGUCGACAUUUUAGUUGCAAGAAAGAUUCUACUAAUGAGGUGUUGCAUGAACUUGAAAAGCUCACCAAGGAGCUACCUCAAGCACAUGGACGAGUAGAAAUCCACGUGGAAGAUUUUUCAUUCUCUGAUCAAGCAACAAAGGAAGAAGAAUAUCAACAAAUUGCAAUUGAAGCACAUGAUUUAAAAGGGUCGGAGCUAAAACCGUGGGUCUCAACUCCUGAUAUUCAUUUCAUUACAUGGGAGAUAACAACAAGAGAUGAGACUAGAGAUUGGAAUUAUUUGGACAAGAAUCAGGUCAUGGACCAAGAAGUAAUUGCAACAAUUGUAGAGAUUCAAGAAGAUCAACAGGGUGGUACGGUUCAUGGUGAUAAUAUCGUUGCUGUACAAACUGGUGAUACGACAGAGAGAGAGGGAGAUGUGUUGUUGACGAAAUACACAGACUACCGUACGGCUGUAUGGUGGUGGAGUCAGGAGAAAACACAAUUGUCGACGCAGGAACAGGCAGUAGUCUUGGCUGCGGUUGUAACAAUCCUACUUGUCUUUGGACUAGCACUUAUAGUGCUUUGGAACAUGGUGUGGCGUGUAUGGCGCUUUUAUCGGGAGAUACAGACACUUCAUAAACUUUUUGGUGAGCAAAAUCCGGUAGUAUUGGAGCAAGAGUUGUGUAACUUCCCAGUGGAGUUAUUGUCAUUACGUAUCAAGCAGAUUGCUUGCGUGAGGCUCCGGCAUUUACAAGUGGUAUCGAAUGCUCGAGACUUUAAAAAACAGAUUGAGAUGGUCGAGUUCCGUGAAAUUGCGAUGGAAUUAGUAAAUCUGCCGCUUCAUCCGAUAAGUCGAAAGGAAAUGACGUUUGCAGAGAUUUUAACGACAGUUGAAGAAAUAGCGUGCAGGGGGGAACAGGUAGCUGUUGAAAUGAUGCAGCUAGUGGUUCCUUCGCGCUGGAAAAAUUACGUUGAUGAGAGCUCGUGGCUGAAGACUCAAGAUGAGAGUUUACAAAGCUUACAUCUAGAAAAUGCGCGUGUCCAGCAGCUGUCGGAACAAAUCUCAGAACUUCUUGUAGCGAAAGUCAAUUCAAAUGAAGCUAUCCCAAAGCCAGUGUUUCUUUCGCUGCUCGCGUCGCUCCGUCAGAACUUAGGAACCCCGCCACAGAACUAUGCUAACGUGAAUGUGGCGUCUAGUGAGUUAGACGCAUUCGCACGUUGCUGGAGCGGAAGCAUGACAAUGAGCGGCAGCGUCGGCAAUGCUGGCUGCAAUAUGAACAAAGAUGAGUUCGGUUUCUUGCUUAAAGCAUUCGACGAGGUGGCCGAGCAACAAAAGGUUCGACAGGAACUACUAAGCGCUAUCGAGAACUUCCAGUCCGUAAAUGAGCCAGAGUACGAACAGCUACUAUUGCUUGAGAAUGCGGACAGUGCGAGCCGCAAUCAGAUUACUCAACGGACAAAGCAGCUUGGCACCACCGCAGCAGGUAGCAGCGGAGCCACUGCUGCGUCUAUGCGUCGUCUAGAACGAUUGGUGGACGAAGCCGAGAUGAUGGAGAUGACGUACGUCGAGGAGGUCGAGAGUGCGCAGUUCAUGCUGGAGGAUGCUCGUCGUGACAGCUUCUGCGCAGCUAUUGUCAGCAGUGAGGGUAAGGGUCUUGAUAGUGUUCAGUCGCUAGCGACAAACUUUGUUGCGCUUGGUGCCAAACGUGAAGAUGCUAUCCUGAAAGCUGGUGAAAUUUUAGCGAACCGCUCGAACAUGAUGCUUUUGGUGACCAGCCUAAGAGGCAUGUUUGAUCAGCUGCGUAAGCGCGACAUUAUAAAGAUGAAUGAACGACGAAAUCGCGAUCGCGCCAAAGCUCAAGAUAAGCGCAAUCGCAUGGCUCAAAAGUUCCAUAACAAGCAGCAGCUGGUUAUUGAAAAAAUUGAGCGAGCACGUGAAGCCCAGCGACAAAUGGAAGAGGAAGCACGACUCCAGCGACGGAAGGAGGAAUUGAAGCAGGUUCGCGCUCAGAGUGCUCGAAACCGUGCGUCAUUUGUUUGGGCAAUAACCAAAACCGAUGUGUUAGUGGUGUUGGUAAUCAUGGCUAUCGUAUUUUUCGAGAAUUUGCGGGAGGUGGCUUUUGUAAAACCUUUAUGCCAGCCUGACGAGGAGCAUCAUUGGUGGAUGGUAUCUUGGUGGGCACCGGCAUCACUUCAGGUGUUUGGUUGUGAAGUAUCUUACGGGAUGAAGAUUCUAGGUAUCCUUCUGGCGCUUGGUGUGUGUUUUUUUGCUGCUGCUCAGCUCAACCUUGUGGCUGUACUACUACCGGUACUAGGUGCGAUCGGCCUCUACUAUCUGCGCGCUGAAUGGAUGAACAUGCUCUUCCGCCUACCACUUUUGUUCAUCAUCUACGGCUUUAAUUCAGGUAUUCUCUACCUGUUUAAUCGCUUUGAAGACCGCAGUAAUGACGACCACGUAGUGAAAGAGCAGGACAAGGAUGUUGCUGUGAGUUCUACGAGGCGACGGAAUAUGUUGCUGUACGUUGUGUUCCCGUUCUUCUCGCUUCUUUUGACAGUGGUAACGGGUGUCGGUGUCGCUUGUGAUGCCCCUGAGCAGUGCGUCGCAUCGGCCUCUACAGCAACUGCGUCUGUACUUGCAGGACUGUGGGAAUUUGUACGUAGAGCAUAUCGAUUGUAA